AGCCAUGUCCAGCAUCAACACCACUUUCACCUCCACCAUACUCACUCCCAAUAUUCCUUCCUCCACCCCCAGAAGAACUACUUCUUCAAGUUCCAAUUUUUCCUUCAAAUCUAGACACCCAAUUACUUGCUCCAUUGGAGGUUCGUGGAGAAGAUGUUGAGAGGCCCCCGGUUUGGCUCAUGAGGCAAGCAGGGAGGUACAUGAAGAGUUACCAAAUCAUCUGUGAGAAAUAUCCCUCAUUUCGCGAAAGAUCUGAAAAUGUUGAUCUUGUAGUGGAAAUUUCAUUGCAACCAUGGAAUGUUUUCAAGCCUGAUGGGGUGAUUUUAUUCUCGGAUAUUCUUACCCCACUUUCCGGAAUGAACAUACCCUUUGAUAUUGUGAAGGGUAAGGGUCCUAUCAUAUUUGAUCCGAUUCGCUCAGCCGCACAGGUUGAUCAAGUGAGAGAAUUUGUUCCUGAAGAUUCAGUUCCUUAUGUUGGUGAAGCACUUACAAUUUUGAGGAAAGAGGUGGAUAAUAAAGCAGCGGUUCUUGGUUUUGUUGGGGCUCCGUUCACCCUCGCAUCAUAUGUGGUUGAAGGAGGCUCAUCGAAACACUUCUCAAAAAUAAAGAGAUUAGCUUUCUCCGAACCCAAGGUCCUCCAUUCAUUACUACAGAAAUUCACAUCAUCAAUGGCAAGAUAUGUUCAAUACCAAGCUGACAACGGUGCUCAAGCGGUUCAAAUCUUCGACUCAUGGGCCACAGAAUUGAGUCCAGUCGAUUUCGAAGAAUUCAGCUUACCGUACUUGAAGCAGAUCGUAGAUACUGUGAUGACAGGUGUCGACGUAGUUAGUUUGGAUUGGACAGUGGACAUGGCCGAGGGACGAAAAAGGUUGGGUCCAAACAUGGCAGUGCAGGGGAAUGUGGAUCCUGGUGUUCUUUUUGGUUCAAAAGAGUUCAUCACUGAGAGAAUAAAUGAUACUGUGAGAAAAGCAGGUAGAGGGAAGCAUAUCUUGAAUCUUGGUCAUGGAAUUGUUGUAGGAACUCCUGAGGAGAAUGUAGCACAUUUUUUUGAGGUUGCCAAGGGAAUCAGAUACUAGGGCUAGUAGCUUUUGUAGAUUCAUUCUUCUCACUUAGUUUAUUUAUUUGAGUCCUUAUUAGUAUUUGUGACAAAUUUAUAUAUCAUGUAUUUAUAAAGUGCCAUGUCUCAUGGUUGAGCUUUAAAUC